UGAGCAAAAUCUUAAACUCGUUGUACAUGAUUGCCAUCCUUGGACUCAUCGGUCCCUUUCUCUCUCCUCCUUCCGUUGCCGUUCGCUGUUGUUCACUCUUUCGGCUACAGCUUAGCAAGCUGAGCUUAGAGCAAAACCUGUGCUUCGAGCACGAGCGAGAGCGAGAGAGAGAGAGAGGGAGGGGUAGUUGCUGAUCUUGUCAAGCUGGAGUAACUACUUGCUGCAAGGAAGCAGCGUCUUGAUCCGAUCCCACCGGCUUCGCCGCUCCAACUCCCAAUCUAAGAAGCGCUUCUACUUUCUUGCAAAAAAGCUCGUCUUUUUUGUUUGUUUUUUGUUUCCUUCUUUUCCCCAAGAAUGAGGGAGCUCAGCUAGCGUUCCUGUUCCACUCGGCCCAGCUCGCGUCGCAGGCCCGACGAAAGCCUUGCUCGUUGGCGCGCGCGCUCCCGGGAUGGCGGCAUUCCGCCUUGGCACGGCGGUGGAGGGCAAGUUCCAAGGGAACGGCGGCGUCGUGCCGUCCCCGCGCCACCUCGCCGUGCCCAAACCUCCGGCGAGAAAUCGGGACGAGGCGACCAACGGCGGCACGCUUGGCCUCGCCGGGCUCCAGCCCAAGCUGUUCCCCGCGGGGAAGCCCAGGAGGCGGACGCGGGUGCCGCUUUGGCAGGCCGCUGUCUUCGCUUCCGUCGCCCUGAACGUCGCGCUCCUCCUCCACCACUGCGUCGUCAACAAUCCCGCGGCAUCUCCUCCCCACCACCAGCAGCUUCACGCCUGCCUGGUGCAGCCUGAUGAUGCCAACAGUGGCAGCGGCAAGGGCAGGGCGAUGCCGGAGGAGGCCAUGUCCAAGAGCAGGGCGCCGUCGACUGGGAAGCCGGGGGUGACGCCGGACUCGGUGAUCAACCUCGACCACGGGGACCCGACCAUGUUUGAGGCCUUCUGGCGGGAGACGGGGGACGCCGCAGAGAUCGUCAUCCCGGGGUGGCAGACGAUGAGCUACUUCUCCGACGUGACCAACGUCUGCUGGUUCCUCGAGCCGGGCUUCGACCACGAGGUGCGCCGCCUCCACCGCCUGAUCGGCAACGCCGCGGUGGACGGGUACCACGUCCUGGUCGGCACCGGCUCAACCCAGCUCUUCAUGGCGGCGCUGUACGCGCUGUCGCCCGCGGGCGCCGACGAGCCGAUGAGCGUGGUGUCCACAGCGCCAUAUUACUCGUCGUAUCCUGCCGUCACGGAUUUUCUUCAGUCGGGGCUCUUCCGCUGGGCCGGGGACGCCAACUCGUUCAAGGGGGACACCUACAUUGAGCUUGUAUGCUCCCCGAACAAUCCUGAUGGUUCCAUCCGUGAAGCUGUUCUGGCUUCCGAGACCGGCAAAGCAGUCCAUGACUUGGCGUACUACUGGCCUCAGUACACGCCGGUUACUAAGCGGGCAGACCACGACAUUAUGCUCUUCACGGUGUCAAAGAGCACAGGACAUGCCGGGACGAGGAUCGGGUGGGCGUUGGUGAAGGACCGUGGCAUCGCUAAGAAGAUGACUAAGUUCAUCGAGCUCAACACCAUCGGGGUCUCCAAGGACUCACAGCUGCGUGCUGCCAAGGUCCUCAGGGCGGUCUCUGACGGCUAUGAGCUCCCAGAGGUGAGGGAAACCCACCGUCUGUUCGACUUUGGACGGCGCAAGAUGGUGGAACGCUGGAACAUGCUGCGUGAAGCUGCUGCCGCCUCGGGCAUCUUCAGCCUGCCAGAGGAGACUUCAGGCUACUGCAACUUCACCAAGGAAAUGGCAUCCACUACCCCUGCGUUCGCAUGGCUGCGCUGCGACAGGGAAGACGUGGAGGACUGCGCGAGCUUCCUGCGCAGCCACAAGAUACUGAUCCGGAGCGGUAGCCAGUUCGGAGCUGAUCCGAGGUACGUCCGGGUCAGCAUGCUCGACAGGGACGACGCCUACGACAUCUUCGUGAAGCGCCUCUCCUCCCUGAAGUGAAGAGGACGAUGGACCGGUGCCGCCCGGCCGUCGGUAUGCCCGUAACAGCAUGAGUAGAGCAGUGCCAGUAGGAAGAAGAAGAGGAGCAAAGUUUUGUUCUGCUGUGUGUUGUGUUGUUGGGGAUGUCGCAUGUCACAUCCGGUUUUUAAAGAAACAAAUUAGAUAU